AUGAAAGCCGGCACCAUGAGGAUCCGCAGCAAAGGCCAUCACCCGGGUGGUAUCCAAAUAAAAAAUGAGAAAAAUAGACCAUCUUUGAAAACUGUGAAAAAUGAUAACAAAUCAGAAAAGUCUAAAUAUAAGCCACUCUGGGGGAAAGUCUUUUAUCUUGAUUUGCCAUCUGUUGUGAUCUCUGAAAGACUGGAAAAGGACCUCAAGGAACUAGGAGGGAGGGUUGAAGAAUUUCUCAGCAAAGAUAUAAGUUACCUAAUUUCAAAUAAAAAGGAAGCAAAAUAUGCUCAAACAUUGAGAUGUAUUUCUCCUGUCCCGAGUCCAGAAUCAACAUAUACAGGAGGAAAUACUUCACCUCAUCCUAGUUGUGAUGGAAGUUCAUUCAAGACUCCAGAUCCAGUAUGUAUGAGCAGAGGAAAAUUAUUAGUUGAAAAAGCUAUCAAGGAACAUGAAUUCAUCCCUUCAAAUAGUAUACUGUCAAAUGCUUUAUCCUGGGGAGUGAAAAUUCUUCAUAUUGAUGAUAUUAAAUACUAUAUUGAACAAAAGAAAAAAGAAUUGUAUCUCAUCAAGAAAUCCAGCACAUCUCUCCGAGAAGCAGUGGGGAAACAAUUAGGUGUUCAGAAAACAAAAACAGGAAGGCUCAAAAAGCCAUUUGUAAAGGUGGAAGAUUCAAGCCAUCAUUACAGGCCAUUUUACCUGCAGUUGUCCAACAUUCCUCUUAUAAACUAUUCUGCUCCUAAGCCCUGCAGUCCUUUUGAUUUGGAUAAAACGUCUAGUCUGCAGAAACAAACACAAGCUAAACAAAGGAACAGAACAGGUUGUGGAUCAGAUGAAAGGCGAUGCCCUCCCGUUCAGCCCCGCCUCAAAGAGAACAAGAAGAAGGGCUAUUGUGCAUGCUGCUCCCAGAAAUACGACACUCUCCAGGCUCAUCUUCUCAGUGAACAACACAGAAGCUUUGCACAAAGUACCCAGUAUCAAGUUGUUGAUGAUAUCAUAUCCAAGUUGGUGUAUGACUUUGUAGACUACAAAAGCAAUAUAUCCAGAAGAGUAAAAUGCAGUAUUGGAUCUUUUGCCCCCAUCAUUGGAAAUACUUUUAAAAGGAAUGAACCUGAAAAACAACUGGAAUCGCACAGUAUUUCCCCAAAUGAUCUUUGGGGAAAUACUACCAAACAAGUGAUAAAACAGGAUUCCCAGUAUCAAGAGAGCAGGGAUCCUUCACAGAAGGUUGCCUUCAGUUCAGAGUCCAUAGAUCCACUUGCAUCAUACAAUUCAACAAGGAAACUCAGAGAACAUUUGGAUUGUAGAAAAUCUUCUAUAAUAAAUCCAGUGAAGGAGGACAUUAAGCUGGAUUUGGUACAACUACCUCUGAAUAAAGAUACGCAGGGCUAUAGGCCUAAAGUUUCUGACCAUAAUGGAACUGUAAAUGAAAAAGACUUAGAAGAACUAAAAACAGAAUACUGCCCGUAUAUCCCAGAGACAUUUAUGCACAUUUCUGAUUUUGAUGAAACAAAUAAAAAUGUGUCUCAACUAAAACGAAAGUCAGAUAGUACACUUUUUCCAGAUAGCUGUUGGAAGAAAAAAGGCACUAGUUCUCCCCGUGGUCAUAGUUCUGGUCUCAGGAUCAUUAGCAAUUCACCAGAAGAACAGCCUAGAAGUCCAGCCAAGACAGUAUCCUACUUUCAUCCUGGUGAAGAACCCAAAGAAGUGGUUGUUGAAGGUUCAGACAGCUUUCCUUCAGGGAAGCUGCAGCAAAAAGUAAAAAUAGUAUUAGGAAGAAACAAAAAAAGGAGCCAGAAGAAGAAUGUGGAAUUACAUUUAAAGAACAAAACAGAAUUUCCCACAACAAAAGAAGACAAUGGUAUUUGUAAUUCACCAAUACAGUCUUUAGUUGAAUUAUUUCAAAGCAGUGAAGACAAAACUGAGUUUUUGGGUUUUAGAAGUUAUUCUGAAAACCGUGGUUCAUGUGAUGUGUUAAAAGUUCGGGAGGAAGAAAAUGUUGGGAAUAGCUUGUUGUCCAUGUUUCUCUCUUCCCCUUCUUCAACCUCCACAUUUACUGGGUUUUAGAGGAGUUUUGUUUUUGUUUUUGAUUUGUGUUUUUCACAAAUGGUGAGGAUUGUAUUCCUGAAAAUAUAUGUAUAUAUUUUAU